UUGAGAUUGUAUUUGGAAGAUAUGGAAUACUGAGUUGGAGCCCUGGGGUGAGUGCCGCAAUAUCUUUUUGCAACACCAAGAAGGCACGCAGUGGAGUAAACAGUCUCUCUCAAGGCUGUUUCUCAGGCCACCCUACAAACCAGGCCUUCUCUCCCAUGGAUCCCCCAGUUCUAAAGAGAUUCCACUGGGUGUUUGCAUCUUAUUCGGUGUCUGCAGAAGGACUGAAUGCUGCCCUGCCCCACUCACCCAGAAGGGCACUCCUUCCCUGAGCCCACCCAGUACCACCGUCACAAUUAGUGUCUGGCUCCCUGUCCCUCUGGUUGAUACUUACUACAUUCUGCCUUGCACUGAAGAAUAAGGUCAGCACUAGGUCCUUUAUCCACCCUGCGAUAUUCUGAACCCGUGGAAGUGCUCUGCGCUGAAUUACUCACCUGUAUGUGCAGGUGUUCCUCCGGUCUGUGUGAAUUGAGGAAGGCACAGCUCCAAGUCACCAGCAACCCCUGCACCCCUCCCUAGAGACUCCUGGGGUGAGGAAGGUGUGCCCUCCCCUCUCCCCCUCAGGCUGGCUGGGCGACCAUGGGGCUGAGUCACGUCUGCCCGCAGCCGCCGCUCUUUGCAUCCCUGGGCACUGAGGUCUGAAACUCGACCCCGCCAAGGACCAGCCCUACCCCCUUGGAGGAAAUGGCUGAGCAGCCUAGGCAACAGCAGCUGCAAACUUCCUUCCUCUUCAUCCAGCUGCGGGCCCCCCCUGCCGGAGCUCUCCCCACCCAGUCUCCAGCCACUGCAGCCUCUGAGGCAGCCCCAGGGGGCCUGGAGGAGGGACCCAGCUUCCCAAGUCCAAGGACAGGCUUCUUGGCAGGCUGGGGCCCCGGGAGCACGCAGGGCUUUGCUGCUCCCUCCUCAAGCCUGCUGCAAGAAGAAGGCCCCCGGGCAGAGCAGCCAGCGGCUCUCCGCUCUUCACCGAAGGAGAAGGGAAAGGGAAAAUCCCGGCACCGGAAUGUAACAGGAGGUGGUGAUCCUGGACCCCCACACCCGGGGCGUUGCCUGGCCCCUGCCUCAAGGAAGCUCCGACUGUCCUAUGGGCUCCCUAACCCGGCUCCUGUCAUGAGCCAUGGAAGCAGGGCUCCCUCCACGGGCUGCAGGUGCUGGCCUGUCCCCUCUGGCCCCCAGGACCUGUGGAGCACGGACCCCUUGUCUAGGAAUGACAUGCGAUGCCCAGGUCCACAGGCUGCCCUGGCCCCUGCUGCUGACAGGAGCCCAAGAGAUGAAGGAGACCCAGGUACCACAGUGCGGGCUACAAGAGCACAGCUCUACAGAUACUGCCCGGCCAUUCAGAUCAGCAGGAACUACCCAGCCCCUCCAGCGGCUCUGCCACUCCAGGCAGAGACAUUUGUUUGGGUUAACAAUGCAUCCGCACAUUCCCAGAGCGUUGCCAAGGCCAAAUAUGAAUUUUUAUUUGGCAGAUCUGAGGACAAAACUCCACAUACCAGUGAUCAUGGAGGAAGCACUUUACUGCCACCCAAUGUCACUAAUGAAUUUCCAGAAUAUGGGACCAUGGAGGAAGGUGGAGAAGGCCUAAGGACUUCUCUGGAGUUUGAUGUGGAGUCUCUGCCAUGCUGCCCACCAGGGGAGCAGGGGCUCCAUCUUCUUGCUGGCCAAGACUCUGGGCUCCACUUUGUUACAGAAGGACCAAACAAUACCAUAGAGGCCCCCUCUCAAGGUCACCUCAAGGAGCAAAGUUUACAACCCAUCGACUCUUUGAUUUCAGCUCUAAAAGCCACCGAAGCCAGAAUAGCUUCAGAAACAUUACAUAAGGCAACGAAGGUACUGGAUAAAGAUGCUGUUUCUGUUUUUUCAGUUCAGCAGGUGGAAAAAGAGCCAGACACUGCCAGUCAUAAAACACAGAGAGCCAUCACGCCGUUCCCUGCUGGCCAAGAGAAACCAUCAGGUAUACCUCUUGCAGAGGAAGAAAUGACUGAGGAAAAUUUUUAUUUAAGCAUCCAGAAGGAUCUGACUGCCCUGUUAACUGCAGAAACUCAGCCAGAUCGCUCCCAGAUUCCUAACAGCAAGAAAAAGGGUGCUCGGUGUGCACGGGAGCCAGCUUGUCCUGCAGCCUCCCUGCGGAGCUCAGCAGGGACAUCUCAUCUUGCAGGCCAUGUGGGGCUUUUGGAAGAGCAGAGAUCUGACCUUGGGAGAGAGCAUGCAGGGGGCUGUGAUCGAGGUGGUUCCUGGGGACGUCCUGGCCGAGCCAAACAUGUGGAAUUUCAAGGAGUAGAGGUACUGUGGACAGGAGGAGAGAAAAAGAAGGUCCAAUAUUCUGCUGUAGACUCAGCGACACUGUUGGGAAGGACAGCCCUUCCUGCAAGUGGGGAGUUUCCUAGAGUGGCAGGACUUCGCGUCUCAGGGACGGACUCCUGCAGUUCAGUGAGUUUAACUGAGAGUGCUAGCACUGACACUCGGAGCGCUUCGGCAGAGAGGCCUGGCACUAGCUUAGGGCCCCUUCCCCCCGUGCCUCUUGCCGAGAGUGGAGAGGAUGAAGUCUUCCUGAAAGCAAACCACCAGCCUGAGAAGAACUCUGAAGGAGACAAUGCAAGACUCCUGGAGGAAGAAGACCACCUUAGGGGAGGAGAGGAUGAUAUUCUUGGGACCGGAUAUACAGAGGACUCCACCGAUGUGUACAGCUCCCAGUUUGAGACCAUUUUGGACAACACAUCUUUAUACUACAGUGCAGAGUCAUUGGAGACCUUAUACUCAGAGCCUGAUAGCUACUUUAGCUUUGAGAUGCCCCUUACUCCAAUGAUACAACAGCGCAUCAAAGAAGGGGGCCAGUUCUUAGAAAGGACUUCCGCAAGAGGACAUCAGGACAUCCUGAGUGUCUCAUCGGAUGGAGGCAUAGUGAUGGGCUAUUCGAGUGGGAUCACCAAUGGACUGAAUGAUGCCGGUGACUCCUUCUACUCCAGAGGCUCUCCGGAGAUUGCCUACUGGGGAAGCAAUGCUGGGGUGAAAAAGGCGCAGCUAGAGGAUCACUCUGAAAUGGGGAGUACGCACAUUCUGGAAAAAGAGACCACAGAAAGUCUCAGUAACGGUACCAGCAGCAACGCGGAGGCCGCCAAAAGGCUGGCCAAACGCCUGUAUCAACUGGACAGAUUCAAAAGAUCAGAUGUCGCCAAACACCUGGGCAAAAAUAAUGAAUUUAGCAGACUUGUUGCAGAGGAAUAUCUGAAGUUUUUCGAUUUUACAGGAAUGACACUAGAUCAGUCUCUCAGGUAUUUCUUUAAAGCAUUUUCUCUUGUGGGAGAAACUCAAGAACGAGAGAGAGUUUUAAUACAUUUCUCCAAUAGGUAUUUUUAUUGUAACCCAGAUACCAUUGCUUCACAAGAUGGUGUCCACUGCCUGACCUGCGCCAUGAUGCUUCUGAACACGGACCUCCACGGCCAUAAUAUUGGAAAGAAGAUGACCUGUCAAGAGUUCAUUGCAAAUCUCCAAGGGGUAAAUGAAGGUGUUGAUUUCUCCAAGGAUCUGCUAAAAGCUCUGUACAACUCGAUCAAGAAUGAGAAGCUUGAAUGGGCAGUGGUAGUGAAAGAAGUUUCGAGCAAAGGGGGCCGGAUUGCACUGCAGCAAGAUCUGCAGCCGAGGUCUGCACAGGUUGUGAUAGGAGUGACAGCAGUUGAGGCCAUAAUCCAGUGCUGGGGGGUGAGAGAACUGCUAGGAGAAGGUGAACGCUCCAUCCUUGGUGUAGUCUCUCCAAGAGGAAAGCGAGGAUGGAAAACCUUUUAUGCCGUCCUGAAGGGAACAGUUCUUUACUUGCAAAAGGAUGAAUAUAAGCCAGAGAAGGCCUUGUCCGAGGAGGACCUGAAAAAUGCCGUGAGUGUGCACCACGCCCUGGCAUCCAAGGCCACAGACUAUGAGAAGAAGCCGAAUGUGUUUAAACUCAAAACUGCCGACUGGAGGGUCUUGCUUUUUCAAACCCAGAGCCCAGAGGAAAUGCAAGGGUGGAUAAACAGGAUCAACUGCGUCGCCGCCGUGUUUUCUGCCCCUCCGUUUCCAGCAGCCAUUGGCUCUCAGAAGAAGUUCAGCCGGCCGCUUCUGCCUGCCACCACAACAAAGCUAUCUCAGGAGGAACAGCUGAAAUCUCAUGAAAGCAAACUGAAGCAGAUUACCACCGAGCUGGCUGAGCACCGCUCCUAUCCCCCAGACAAGAAAGUUAAAGCCAAGGAUGUGGACGAAUACAAGCUCAAAGAUCACUAUCUGGAGUUUGAGAAAACGCGCUAUGAAACUUACGUCGGCAUUCUGAAAGAAGGAGGCAAGCAGCUCCUGAGCCGCGACGAAAAUGAGGCUGCUGGUCUGAAGAAAUCACAUUCGAGUCCCUCGCUGAACCCUGAUUCAUCUCCCGUCACCGCCAAGGUCAAGCGUAACGUGUCAGAACGGAAGGACCACCGGCCGGAAACACCAGGCAUUAAGCAAAAAGUUACUUAGAGUCCAUCUGAGGCCAGGAAGUGCUGGUCAUGGAGCAAAACAGAGGUUUUCAAGAUCUUUCUGGUAAUCCGUGAAUAUAUUGAAAAAAAAGUCUGUGACUAAAUGGUGCAUUAGUAACUUUUUAUAUUGUAUAUUUUUGUUAGUUUCUGUACAGAUUGUCUUUGCGCUGGAUUUCUUUGCUUUGACGAUUUCUCGCAAAUUGAUAACUAAUGCACCUUUUUGUGAGGAGUUAGAGGAUCAUGACUUCAAAAUGAAUUCUGCAUCCCUUCUCCUUUGGUUUUCUCUCAUUUGCACUCUGCUCAGUUGUUUUAUGUAUUCUCAAAUCAACCAUUAUCCUUUUUUUUUCAGGUUAAAAACUUAAUCCAUUGUGAAACACUUAACUGGACAAACUUUGUAGUUUAGCAAAUUCUAGCCAGAGUUAACAUAAGCCUUUAUAUGUGAAAUCUUGCCCAGUCACGGAGGUGAAGUUGAACACUCACACAUACUUCAGUGAGAAUCACAGUGCUGGUAGUCAGAUGUUCGAACAUGACAGAGCCCUGCGUGAACCUUAGCACUUAGUGUUGAGUUCCGACCCUGCUGGAAGCAGGGAGAGGGGUGUGAAGACCCGGGACUGGGGAACUUGGGGAAAAACAGAAGCUUGCUGGAGUGUGGAUGCCAUUCCAGCCAAGCAAGGGGAAGAGGAAGUAGAGUCAUUUUGCUAUUGAAGACUGAGGACAGAUGGAUACCAAGUUAAUUUUGUUUUCUGAAGGAGAGUGGCAGUAAUUGACUCCUGGGGUAGCUGCAGCAGUAGACAUGUGUUUAGUCUUCAGGAGAUCGUUACCUCACUCCCACGGGUCUACGGCGGGAAUCCAGAAUCAUCUCUGUUGCUGACACAUCUCCACCCAGGAGUAGAUUCUUUUUUUGUGCUUUUUUUAUGCCUAUAUAUAUACAUAGGCAUGAGGUCAUCUCCUGGUUGUUGGGGUAUUGGAGUCUUCCUAACACUAUGUAGGAAAUGGAGCUCCUUUUGUUCGUUGCUUGAGCCAAGACAAAACAAGAGAGCAAAACUCAGCUGCAGUUGGUCAGCAGUGGAUGGUGAUUCUUAAGACUGAGUCUGGAAGGAAUAGUCUGAAUGGUUGUGCUUGAUACGGAAGAAUCUGCUGGUUGCAUAUGCAGAGUGGCUUGGUUUCUUCUAAUCACACUGUCUCUGACAGCCACUGCACGCUGUCACUGGUAAACUUGCUCGUAAAAAUCCUUUUGUCUGUUUUAAGUCACUUCUGUGUACUUAAGCUAGUUCUGUUCACCUUGUAGUCAGGAGCUGUACCUGUGGCGGGCCCUUUAAAAUUGAGGGUGAUAAACAGAAUGGUAGCUGCUAGGGGAGGCAGGAGGAGUGCAGGUGCAGCCCCUGGUGACGGAGAAGCUUCAGAGUUCUAAACUUUGUAACUGAAUUCGCUGAAGCUAUCUUCUUCUCAGACAACAGAACUUUAAAGCUAAUGGGAUCGUUCUAAGCAUUCUUUUUCCUCCCACUGACAUUUUCUCUACUUCUGCUUUGUUUUUUAGUUGAAGGUACUAUGACCAAAGAAUCAGCUGCUCUGUAUGAAUAGCAUGGUCCGAGUGGAUUAGAGAAAACCUGCUAUAAAACCAUGAUAUUCCUAGUAAUAUAUUGUUAUGAUACAUUUACAUUUACUUACAUGAUUAUGUAUUAAUGUUUACUUUCUCUAUUCGCAAUGUUGGUGCACAGGAAAGAGUAACCCCUCGGUAUGGUUGUAGUUGCUGGCUUUGUGGUAUUGUACCACACCUCGAAAAACUGUCAACUUCUAUCUUGUUUAGAUAAAAACAGUGUCUAAAUUUAUGUUUCGGAACUAUGAAACACACUAGUAACUAACACAGCCUAAAAUACCUGAAUCAUUUUGGUAGCUUCUUACCAAAUCCAAGACUUCCAGAAGCUUUCUUCCUGAAAUCUGAAUUAUCAGUGUUUGUUUUCUGCCUAAAUAUUUAUACUAGUUGAGGGGAAAGAGAGGUACUUAAACCACAUAAUCUAUGAGCUUCAGUAACUGAAGACAAGUUAACACCCCUGAUUAGCUUGAAUGUGUGUAUCUAUGUAUAUAGAACGUUUGUGUGUAUUUUCCUUAGAGUAUAUAAUGCAUAUUGAAUGGUACCUUGCUGCAGUAUUUCUGAUGCUUAGAGUAGUCUAAAAGUGCUCAGUUAGCAUCAGCACCCCCAUAGCACUGUUCCUGUGACAGGACUCACCAAUGUUAGCGGCAGAGACUCCCAGACAUGCUAAUGCACAGUCACAUGACAUAGGCGAUUUUGAAGCAGCAGUUAAAAACAACUUUAAGGUUCUUUUGUGGGCCGGGAUCCCAGACUGCCAUCAUAAGAUGUUACCCAUCUACACGGCGUGGGCUGAAAACACCUCUUCCCUGAGGCCUCUGAGGGAUGCUGUCUGCUAUCAGUGUAUGUUGCAGGCCAAGGUUUAUCCUGGUGCAGGAAAUAGUCUCUUAUUCCAUUGGAUCCUGCGAGUCUGGUCCUUCUUUUCUGUGGUGAUCAUUUCUUCUCAGCGAUAUCUAGUCAAAAGAAAGCAAAGGUGUUUCCUUUCGCAGCUAUUUUGAGCCUGUUGCACAAUUCACGGUACAGAGGAGCUGCUCUGUUCCCUCCCUUCUGAAGGUACUCUUCCCCACCCCCACGUCACUCCUCACCCCCUACCUCAGAGCUCAAGCUCUCGGGACUUCUCUCCAUGUGGGGCAUCAUUAUUCUUUUUCUCACACAUCCUUUCAAUAUUAAUUUUUAGUGGAGAAAAGUGAUGACAUUGAAAUACCUUGCCGAUAGCCUUGUUAUGAAUUGGCCAAGGAAGGGGCCCAUGUGUAAAAUCUGUGCAUGUUUCUGGUCUGCCCCCACUUCACACGCUGCUAUUGAGGACUUGUCAGCAAACAAACUUAGCCACAGGCACAUAAAGUCUUUCUUUCCAGACCAUAGACAUUUCUGAAAUAUAGAAAUUCUUUAUUAACCAGUUACCUAAGUCUUCACGUUGUCUAAUAAACCAAGCAAUAUUUUUGUGCAUUUUAAUUAACCUCAGUAAAACCAACAUGUGGGAGAGUCCUCUGGUAGAAAUAGUUCCUGGAGGAUAUGUAACAGUUUUCACUGCUCUGAAGUAAAGAAGCUAGAAGGCAUUUUCUCAUGCAGCAGUCUCGUGCUAUCUACAGGACUCUAAAUGCAUCUCCAGUUGCCAUUCUAAUCUGGGAGGUGAGGUCGGUAUCCUAGACAGAUGUGACACAGGAAAUUAAUUCUAGAAGAACAAAAUGUGGCUGGCCUUUCAAAGACCAGCUAGGUUUAUAUUUUACCAUGUGGCCAGAACACUGAAUUUCUAAAGUUGGGAGAGAAUUUGCCUAACCACGAAGGCAAGAGGCCUUUUGCUGCCUAUGUACCAAGUUAUACAGUGUUUUGGGCUGGUUUUGUCCAUUACUGUCUUCACCCAUCAUCCCUCUCAUAAUCUAAAAGCCCAGAAAGCUGUUCUUAGAUCGUGCACAGCCUGCUUUGCUCCUGUUCUCGGUCUUUUCACGUAGUCAUUGACGAUGGCAGAAAACUGACCUAGAAGUUAGCUUUUCCCUUGUCUUUCUGUUAAGACCUUUUUGAGUUAAGUUCAUUGUCCUUAGAAAUUGAAUUCUUUGCCUUUGUUGUAAUCAUCACUUAUUUGCACUCGGUACACAGUAAGCUUCUUAGAUGUGCAGGUUCAAAAUUCUGUAGUUUUGUUCUUGUGGACUUGGCAUAAGUUUCGAGAGUUCAGUAGCCAUCUCCCUCAAUUUUAGCAGAGAACGAUCCCACUUUUUCAAUAAUGGAUUUUUUUCAAUAACUACUCCUGUAAAACAAACAAACAAACAAAAAACAGUGAGGUGUCUCAACACUUGUUUUUAUGAAUGACAGUGUGACUUGUUGAAUGGUAGUGUCCGCUCAAAUAGAUCAGUGAGUUUUGUGGGCAACUGAGCCUCUGGGUCUGCUUUUCUCCCAAGCCUUCUGCCCUUUUAAUCCAGGCCAGGCUGCUGGUCUCUUUCAAAGUCAGCAGAUCUCUCUCUCUCUCUCUCUCUCUCUCUCUCUCUCUCUCUCUCUCUCUCUCUCUCUCUCUCUCUCUCUCCCUCUUUACCAUUCUUUUGACCUCUUACAACAUCAUAUCAUCCAGGGACUGUAGAGUUAGCCACAGAAUAAUUCUGUGAUAGAUUCUUGAUAGAGAUACAGAGGUACUUUGUCCCUGUUUUUCCUUCCAAAUUCCUUUUCCAUCUUACUCUUAAAAGAGAGACUGAAUUCCAAGAUCACUGUCCUCUCAUAUGUACAAUAUCCAACCCCAGACAGGCAGCCUUCUGCCUAGGACAGUAAUUGGCCUGUUGCAUGCCAAGAGAAUGUCUUCAGAGAAUGUCAGUAAGUACUUGAAUCUGCAUGACAGUUUGUUGACUUGAAUGCAACAGCAAGGAACUAUGGCAAGUUAAUUGUAGAUACAAUAGGUUUCCUUAGGUCUCUUUGGCUUAUUCUUUGUAGUUUACAUGUGCAUUUGUUGUAUUGUAGGCUUUGAGAAAUAUUUGUAUGAACAGUAUGUCGGAUGUCAAAGAUAAUGCUUUCUGUCAUGUGCCAAUGUUGUAUUUGUGGGUAUUUAUAGUUGAAUGUACAUAUAUGCAUCAGUAUGUAGAUCAUGUAUCAGUAUAUGGUAUAUGUACAUCAAAAUUAUUUUGUCUUUAAUAACCAGUGUGAUAUGAAAAGCAAGUAAAAACCUCAUAGGAAUGAUUACAUAAUGCAGCUGUUGAGAAUAUAUAUAGUGGUAUUAUUGUAUUCAACUUAUGAUAUUUUGAUUAGAUUUUAAUAAGACUUGGGCUAGAAAAUUCCAUCUUUGAGCUGUGACUCACCAGGGCAAAAUGACUUUGAAUUAAAUUGUGUGACUCUAUUAAAGUGUACAGUCCGCAAUACAAAGGGGUAGCUCAGUAUAAUUUGGAAAACACACAAAGAAAAGGGGGGAAAAAGGCAAGCUGUGUAGUUUUAGUAACUUUAGUAUUAAGAGCACUUAAACAUAAAGUGGAACUGACAGUUGUGGGCUUAUUACAAAAUGUGGUGCUUACAGCACACAUUCUUUAUUGUUGUAAUUAGUCCAGAAAAUAUAGCUUUCAGAAGAAUUAAGUACCCAUCAUAUAAUUUAUGUACCUAUGUAUAUUUUAUAGUAGCUCACACCAUUCUCCUGGUGCCACAUCCUUACCCUCUUUGAAGAAAUGUCGCAAAUGCUGAAGUAUAUCAGGGCAUCCCAAGAUGGGGUACUGUAUUCCAGGUUUGCCAUUGCAUAGAUUAGCAACUGGUACCACAGGUAAAAGGAUUCCAGGACCAGGUUAAAACUUUAUUUACUAUUUUUAUACUUAGGUCUCUUUUUCCUGCCUCUCCCCAAAGAAGAGCCACUGGCCUUAGUUGUUUGACUUUAUUGCUUAUAUUAUAGAGUGUAAAUAGAUAACUAGAGACUAAAAUUUUAUUAACCAGCAUGUUUGGUGUAUUUAAUGCAGCGACUGAGUGUGUUUGAGUGUGUGGUUGAGUGCAGUGUCAUUUGUUGGAACAUACUGCCUCAUGUCUUUGUACCUGAUUCAGCGAAUUGGAAUUGUGGGGUGGGAGUCUAAGCUCCAGCCCCAGUCUGCAAUAGAGUCUUGGUAGCUAUGCUUAGUUUUUUGGGUUUUUUUAAAAUUCACUCUACAGUCUGUAACUAUUUUUGCAAAUAUAGAUCAUAUUUCCUAAUUUGUUCUUGACGUGCAAGGGACUGGUCCUGUGGCUGAUCAACAGGGUCUUAGUUCUGCGAGAAUAUUUCCUUCUGAGAAUUAUUUGUGAUUUGUG